AUGACAUCUCGAGAGUCUGCUACGGUUGCACAUGGUGGUGCUGGGAAUGAAAACGAUACGCCAAGUCAGCGGCAAGAAUCUUAUGAAGUUCACGAUUGGCACGGCUCGAAUCCUACGGAUACAGAUGAUAACCCACUAGACGAGAAAAGUCCAGAUUCCGAGUCAUUGCCGCCUAAGCUGCCGCCGUUGCAAAAGCGACGAAGGGAGUUAUUGUUGACUCCAGCAUUUUGGUAUUGCCUAGAUUGUACGUAUGACCAACCUUCAAACAGACGAAGAAAUCCUGCGCCUCAGUACAUCGAAGCCCUCGAAAAUCGUGUACGCAAAGCAGAGGCGAUUCUUCGGGCAGUGAUUCCAGAUCUUGAUCUCAAUGAUCCACGUUUUGAUGUGCAUGGGCCGGAGGAGAUACGGUCCCGCCUAAGGGACCGUCUGAAAAUAUCUGACAACACUGAACCCGAGCCGAAACAACCGGUGGGCCAAGAACGGUGCGAGGAGUCACUUUUGGAAUCGAUGGUCGACAAUUCAGGUUUGCUUGACCGUGAUGACCAAGGGCAUUGGGAUUAUCACGGCCACUCGUCAGGGUUAAUUUUUAUGCGUCGCCUACGGAAACAGUUUGGUAAUCUGCCAGAUCCCCGCCCAGAAGAUCGGCCUAAAACGAAGUUCCAAAAUAUAUCCCAUAUUCUGGAGGGAACAAAAGCCUCUUCAGAAUCUCCGAGUGACUCUCACCUGUCUCCUGUCCAUGAUCUUCCGGAAAGAGAGGUUGCUCGUAAACUUUGUAUGAAUGCCCUCGAAGAUGCUUGCUGCAUCAUGCGAUUUUUGCAUAAGCCUACGUUUUAUGCCAUGUUCGAUCGAAUUUACGAUACCCCCCCGGAGAAUUUCUCCAACGAAGAGAAUAGCUUUCUACCCUUAUUAUAUCUUGCUCUUGCUGUGGGCUGCCUUUUUCGGGGUGUUGGCGAUACGACGUUGGAUAAAUCGGGUUAUGAAGGCGCAACAGAUCAGGGAUUUCAAUACUUUAGGGUUGGACGACAACUUCUCGAUAUCACCGAAUGUCGCGAUCUUACCUCAUUGCAAGCCAUCUGCUUCAUGAUACUCUUCCUCCAGUCAUCAGCAAAUAUGAGCACCUGUUAUUCCUAUAUUGGUAUUGCGCUACGUGCCUCGCUCCGUCUUGGACUUCAUCGAUCUGUUUCGGCCAAUUUUAACCCUAUCGAACUAGAAACUCGAAAGCGGGUAUUUUGGGUUGUACGGAAAAUGGAUGUCCAUGUAAGUACUAUUCUUGGUCUGCCGUCUAUGUUGAGCGAGGAUGACAUCGACCAAGAAUAUCCACAAGCUGUUGAUGAUGAGUUCAUCACUGCGGAAAGGAUUUUACCAAUGCCUCCCAAUCACGUCACUCUGAUGACUGGCGUGAAUGCUCAUAUUGGACUCGGCCACAUUGUCAUGAAGGUUGUGAAGUAUAUCUACCCUGUUAAAAUAGCAAGCCAAGGCGAAAACCAUACCUAUACGGUGAGCCACUCCAAAAUUCGCGAACUUGAGCGCGACCUGCAGGCUUGGCAAGAAGAUCUUCCUGAUUCAUUCAGACCCGGAGGGGACGCCACUCCUGAAAUUGAGAGGAUGAGGCAAUUGCUCCGUAUUGGUUACGCCCACGUGCAGAUGGUUAUGUACCGUCCGUUCCUUCAUUACGUUACAGGUAACGCCCAGGACAGGAAGAUUGAUAAGAGAUCAUUUGCAUGCGCUGCCGCAUGUGUGAGCGUGGCGCGUAACGUCGUUCACAUUACAGCCGGGAUGAAGGAAAAGAAGCUCCUCAAUGGCUCCUAUUGGUUUACCAUGUAUACGACAUACUUUGCGGUUUUGUCACUCGUGUUUUUCAUCCUUGAAAAUCCUGAAUCUGCCACAGUCAAGGACGGGAUUCUGAAAGAUGCUCUUGAGGGCAAGAAUGCACUUGCAGGGCUUGCUAAGAAUAGCAUGGCCGCAGAUCGGUGCGCUCAGAGUUUAAAUUCUAUUUUCAAACACCUACCUGAAAAGUUGCAAAAUCGACGAAGCACCCCUAUGCACUUGAACAGGAAACGUGCUCAACCUGCCCCACCAUCAGCUCCCAAAUCAAAAGGGACAAUGACUCCUCCUCAUCCCGCUACCGCCGCUGAUAAUGUUGGCUUAAAUUCCCCCCAACGCGCAAGGACAUUUCCUGUUCAUCUCCUCACAUCACACACAUCAAAACAACCUGAAAAGGCCAAGCAGCUACCCACAAGCGUUGAUCAUAAUCACCACGUAAACCGUAGAGGGGGAGCGAGGCGAGUAAAUGAGCAAUCUCCGCUCAGCCACUCACAGACCUCUCCAAGACCACCACCAGCCAAGGAUAAAGAGAUUCGAUCGUCAGCUUCUUUACCCAAUUCUACAUCUCCUCAGUCGCUUCCAAAGCCGCAUUUCCAACUUCAAAACCAUCAGCAACAGCACCAACAGCAACAAGAAAACCAGCCGCAUUCUUCCUCACCAUUAUCUCUUAAGCACGGGGCAUCAUUCUCGCUCCCAAUGCAUAGUAUGGCCUAUCUUCCUGAUUUAAUGCCAAUGAUGUUCCCAUCCGACGAUCCCUUCGCAUAUCCAACUCAACCCAUGUCAACUCUUGAAAACAAUCAUUUCAAGAACGAUACCAACAUCGCAGGAGCACAGUUCGGAUUCAGAUCAUCAUCUCUAACCAAUACCUCCGCGAAUCCACCAAGUGCUUCUAUCCCAUCCUAUGACCCGUUACAUGGGUUCCAAUCGUUCGCCAACCCUAACAACCACGAUGCAGUCACCCCGACAUCUUUCUUGCCGUACCAUUUAAAUCAGUUCCCGCAACACUCGACAAUUGGACAACAAAUGUCUCCCAAAUCGACGUCUCCAUCACCUGGAGGAGUAUUACAAAGCCCCGACCUUAUCUCAAUGGAUGAUUCUUUUUUCUGGAAGAACUUCGACUCACACCAGCUGUUGCUACAACAGCAGCGACAGUCUUAUCAGCAGGCUGAUCAACAAGCUGCUAGCGAUCAUCAAAUGUCCGAAACCCAUGGUUUCGGAAUGGGGAUGGGAAUGGACAUGGUUGUUAAUUUGGAUAAUCUCCUUGGAAAUAUAGUGGUAGGGACCGGGGACGAUGGCGCAAGAGCGGGUAAUACAUCUGCAGAUGCAGAUGCAGGUGCAUUGGAAGAUGGGAAUAUUGAGUGGAGUCAGUGGACGAAUGCCUGGUUAUAA